GGCAAUGGGGAGAGGAGCAUUUGCGAGUUGUUAAUCCCCCGCCGCGUGCUUCGACGAAGGUGUGCUCUGCGAUUAGGCUGUGUAUUCUGGGCGUUUCUUCUCCGCCGGCUUCGCGGUUCUUCCCCCGUUCCCAUAUCUCUCUUUCUCUCGCUCUCGCUAUGAUCCCACUGCUGAUUGAUCGAGGAAGAUCUACCGUCUUCCCCCGAACAUAACGCACCCUGAUAAUGAAUGUAUAAAUACUACCUUCCCGUCCCGAUGCAGUCAAGAUGAUGGUGCGGUGUGUUCGGGGGAAGAGCCUCUAGGUCAACUCACGCUACGAGACACGCUCUGGUUCCUUUUUUUCUCACAAAGGGUUUCUUUUACUCCGAUGCUACUUUUCGGUCGUGCAGAUCGACCGAACGUCUAUUCUCUCUAUCCCUGUUCCUCUUUUCCUCCUCCUCCUCCACCUCCAUCUCCUCCUCUUUAUUCUGCCCCGUCAUCGUUGUUGUUCUCUGCCUGCACGCUGGUGCGCCUUCCCGGGUGUCCUUUUUCAUCCUCUCUAAUAAGCUUUUUCUUCGGUGGCGGGAUCCCUAUCUGUUCUCCUUUUCACGUCGUUCGUUCCCGCGCCUAUUUUCCCGCGUUGCGCCCUCCAGUGGACGGUGAGCGAGGAAGGGAGGGGGAAGACUGUGGGAGAGGAGAGAGGAGGAGAGGAGAGGGUCCUGUCUUAGUCAGGACACAUCGCUUGUUCAGCUAGUUGACAAAGCCGAGUAUUGUUGUUGUGGCUGGGAGCGGAGAUCGGUGGGCCAAAGUGUAAGGGAGCAGGGGGAAGAGGAGGAGGAGGAGGAGGAGGAGGAGGACAAGGAGAAGGAGACCAGCCGCAAUUGGUUCUACAAGGGUCGGUCGAGGGUCUGUCAUCUGCGUCAGUGGCGCGCUUGAGAAAACGGAAUUUUUCUGACGAUUAACGGAAUUUUUCUGUCGAUUAACGGAAUUUUUCUGUCGAUUAUCACUCUACUGAUCAGGAGAAGAAGGGGCACAACAGACACGCAGCACAGGGAAGAACCGGCAUACGAAGAAGAAGAUGAAGGAGAAGGAGACGUAGAAGAAGAAGAAGAAUGAGAGAUUGAUCGUCAGUGUUGGGAUUCCGCUGUGUAGACACGUACAAACUACGCGAGAAACAAGGAGCAAAGAGGACUCAGCUAGCGACUUGCCAAGCUAGCGACCUGCCACGUCAGCAGGAAGUGUGACGGUGACACAAAGAGAAGUCAGCGAGCGGAGAGGGGGGAGCAGGAGGGGGAGAGCAGCGGGGAGGGGGAGGGGUUUGAGUGGGAAGGGUUUCCAGAUUAGGCAAAGUGGCGGACCUUAAUCAUUUAAACUCGCCGCGCCGCGGUUGGCCGCGAGAAGAAGAAGAGAGAGUCCGUUACAAUGCCCUGGAAAGGGGUGCCGCCGCCGCCGCCCCUGCAUCAGGGAUCGUUGAGAGUGCCGCGGCCACGGAUAGAGAGUGGAACACCAGCCUAGUCAAGGCGUUUUUAGCCUGUCUGUUGCUGGCGCUCUUUCUGCCAGAGAUUCCGUUGCCGUUAAUCUUCGCGGUGGGAAUCCCGAUCUCCUGUCGGAACCUCAUUUGGGACGCGGUGGCAAAGGGCGCGAGAGCGGUGGGCGCCGCGCUCGGGGUCGUGGCGGGGCGGGCCGCGUGCAGCAUUCGGGCGAUGGGCAACAAGAGAUCGAGACCAGUGACUACCGACGGGGCUGGGGAAGGGGAGCCGACACUUCACAAUUUGCUGGUCAAGUUUGUCGAAGAUGAAGGGAAGGGAUUGAGUAUGGAAGGCUUGGAGGAGAUGGCGAUUUUGUUGCAAAGUGCUCUUUCUGCAUGUAUAAAAGCGAAGGAGCGGAAGGCUGCUUGGCUAUGUCGUGUGUGUUUGGACAGUGAGGUCCGUGUUGUCCUGAAGCCGUGCCGGCACGCCUGCUUGUGUGAGGAGUGUAGCAAUCAGCUUGUUGCUUGUCCCAUAUGCAGAAUAAAAGUGACCGGCCGCGAAAAGUUCAUUCUUUCAUGAGAACACCCGGAAGUGUGCAGAAGUGACACGGAGAGUGUGUGUGUCAGUGUGUGUGUGUGUGUGUGUGUGUGUGUGUGUAUGUGUGUGUGUGUGAGAGAGAGAGGGGGGCGGGGCGGGGGCGGUAGUUUGUGUACACGGAGACAGAACGGGACAACCUGCGCAGGUGCUGGGCUUCGGCCGGCCUGUCCUUGCUCAGCAGUGUCGAUGCAUGUAUAUGCGUGUGCGUAUGGUGCCGUCCUGUCGUCUGUGAUCUUUCCGUGGCUUCCGGAUCCCAUGCCCAAUGUCGUGCGGCAGAAAUGAGCAUGACUUCGAGGCAGGUGGGAGGGGGGAAAAUUGUAAGAUGCUGCCUGGUCAGGCCAGCCUGUCUAAAUAUUUGCAAGGUGCAGCCAGCCUUGAUGAUGCAACGGCUUCCGGAACGUUCAUUGAUGCAACGGCUUCCGUAACGUUCAUUGCAGGCGUCCAUCUUCAGAGCUGUUGGGAGCAAGCUGCACUUCAUUUGGAAGUAUUGUUCAUUCCAUUCAGGACUCUUUCAGAUUCUGCUUUUCUUUUUCAUGUUUGGAUUUUGUCAAUUCCGUUAAUUUUAUUUGUUUCCUUGAUUUCAUCUUAUCUCAAGUCUUGAGAGAGAGAGAGAGAGAGAGAGAGAGAGAGAGAGAGGGGGUGGAUGGAUGGAGGAGGGAGAGAGAAAGAGAGAGAGAGAGAGACAGAGAGAGAGAGAGAGAGAGAGAGAGAGAGGGUGGAUGGAUGGGGGAGGGAGAGAGAGAGAGAGAGAGAGAGAGAGAGAGAGAGAGAGAGAGAGAGAGAGAGAGGGGUGGAUGGAUGGGGGAGGGAGAGAGAGAGAGAGAGAGAGAGAGAGAGAGAGAGAGAGAGAGAGAGAGAGGGUGGGUGGUGGGUGGAGAAAUGAUGUUGCUUUGUUCCUUGCCGGAAGUGGCUUAAUUGUAGGGUUUCCUGCAUAGAGGAUGGCCAGCGCAUCAUUACUACUUCCGCCUACUGGCCUGUCUCUUCGAUUCUCUUUUCCUGCUGUCCCACACCACCAUCCCUUUGCCCCCCACCUUUCCCCCCCUGUACGUUUCGGCCCUCUCCGUCUUUUAAGGAAAUCAUCUCAGAAUUUCUUGCAUGCUCGGCGUCAUUGAUUGGCAUUUUCGCUUUUGCUGUCUAUUUGGCGGUGCAGUUCGUGGUGUAGGAUUUGCGAAGAACGGGUAGGUUUCAGUAUUAAUUCGAGAGUUCUCUUCUUUGGUUGGAAAAGGAGAGAGUUGAUUCAAUUGCCGGAAAGUCGAUCCAUCAUUGUUCGAUAGCCAUCCUCCCAGUCGAUCAUCGUCUGGGGCAUUGUUUUUUUCCCCCUGUUGCCCGACUGUUUUGGAAUCUUUCUGACUGUCUUUUUUGGUCAGCAGUUUGGAAACUUAGCUGUGCUUCCAUUUCCACCCCUCUUCUUUGUGCUUCCAUUUCCACCCUUGUCGGUGGUCGACGAUGGAUAUGGAGCAUUGCUGGGGGUGGGAAGAAUGUCAUUGCUCCCAAUGCAACUAGACGGG